GAGGGCCAGAGUGUGUGAGGGGUUAGUUGAAGGAGGCCAAGAAAAAGCAAAGGACGGCAAGGACGACGGCCUUGUGCUCGGGCAGACUCGAAGGUACCUUAACUGUAGUAUGUAGCACAAUGUGGACGAACACUUGAAGUCAGCAGGGCGGAGAAGGCACUUUGAGGUUGGUCGUUGCUUGGAAUGGCGAACGCUAUUGCUGGUGCUACUACUGUUCCUUCUACCCCUACCACCAGGGCUGCCCCUGCUUAUACCAUUAGUACUUUUUUCCUGCCUCUACUUAUCCUACUCCUUACAACAACUUUUGUGAGUAGGCAUCUGUGAAUCGUGAAUAAUAUAUCCACAUUUGCGGCAAUAGUUGUGUUCAAGGUGAGGGGUGGGUGGAUCAGUGCCAACUGUUUUGGAAAAGAGCUCCUCUCCCCCGAGAUCAUUCAUGUGGGUGCAACAUCUCUUGAGUGACUUGUGCUGUUUGGAGGAUCACUUUGGGACAAAUUUACUGUGGCGUACGGAGCAUGGUGGUUCUCACCGUGUGAAUUGGAUGCUCAAAUGAAGGCCUGGACCCGAGCUCAGCACCAGCACGAGCGUGACGUCGGACUCUAUCAUCACCAUCAGGCCGAAGCGGACCUGAUUUCUAGCUACUUGAGUUCCCAGCAACAGUACCAUUCUCAAGGGGGUUCGGGCGUGGGUUCCAGUCGAACUGACCACCACACCCAAGCCACAGGUGUACCCUACGGUGUACCCAUCCCCCCACCUCUACUACCUGACGACGACGAAUCACCCCUUCCUCCACCACGGAGUUCCAGUUCAAAUCAGGCUCAUAGUUCUCGGAGUCGGGGCAAACGAUCUCGGCACUCGGGCACGGGUUCGGGCAGUGCUCAUCAUCACGAAAAUCCGGUGUCAACGGGGCGAACUCAUAAAGAGAUCCAUUACCCAAAAUACGACACCUACUCGGAUUAUCCUAAUUCAAAGUAUUCCCGGGAUCAAUGCCAAUACACCACUAAAUAUGGCGAGGAUUGUCACUACACCUCCAAAUACCCAAGUGGUGGGAAGGAACCAUCUUGUUCCUACGGUAACAAGACUUGGCCCAAACUUCAAUGCCAGGACGACCCUGGACAACAAUACAGCCAAGAUGACCAAAAUAUCCAGUACAUGCAAGAGUUGGAGGAAAAUGCAAGGCUGAUCCAACAACAGCAACAGGAGCAAUCUUUAGCUGCCAAAUACGCACAAGUGAGCAAGAAGAAACAACACCAUCAACAGCAUCAACAACAGGCACAGCCUCAGCACGAUUCUGCUCGUCAUUAUCCAGACAAGCACAGUUAUUACCCAGACCAGCAACUCCAGUCUUCCUACUCAGCCGGUCGAUCCAAUCGGGAUCGAUCCCCAGAUCCAAGAACACUCGAACGGGAGCGAGAUCGUGAACGAGCUUAUCACAGUCAAGAGCAGGCUCAGGCAGCCAAGGCCGCACAGGAGGUGGUUCAGUGCACAAAAACCGAUCCCAGUGACCAAGACCACCGGUACCUUGAGUCCACAUCGGCUGAGGCUCGAGAAAAGGCCCUAAGUAAACAAGUUACUCUUGCCACACCCAAAGAGUCAGGAGUGGCAAGUGAAGGUGCUUCCAAAGAAUCUAAACCUUCCAGUGCUCAAGUUGUUUCCAGUGAGACUGCGACAACUAGUGUCGGGGGGCCAUCUGCAGCCGUGACUCAAUCCACACCCGGCCCGCAACCUUCCUCAGUCGGCACAACUGGGACCUCCACUGCCAUGGAAACCUUCCGACCCCAAGGCACGGGCACUACCGGACGAUCCGCCGGUGGUAGCGCCGGCGGCGGCGGCGGCGAAAUGCAUCUCCAACAGGAGCAAAUCCAAUAUGUGGACAACGAUUGUUGUCAAGUGGCGGUGGCACCCACUGGACAGAUGGCCAAUGAGCCCGCUGCUCAUAGCGAUAACCAAAUGGCCGUGGCCACGUUGAAGCGAUCCAAGAUGAAACCCAACACGGGCACUGCGUCCCAAUACAACACUUUGGAAAGAAACAUGGCUGAGGUAGCGGAAAGAAACCGCCAAUCCGAGCGACAACUCCAAAGUGCAGCUGCCACUCUAGAACGCAAUGCUCGGGGUCGAAGUUAUGAAAACUCGUGUGACACGUGCGACGCACCCUUGACGCCGGCCAGUUUGGCCGGUAUUGAUCACAGGGAACUUGAACAUAGACCACUGACCCGGUCUGUGACUCGGGCCACCAUGUAUGAUGAACCACCUGAAAAGACCUCUUUGUUCAUCGUGUGUUCAGGUCUCUAUGCGUUGUUACUGAUCGUUAUUUGCGCCACGUUUCUCACAUCCGAGAUUGCAACACACAGCAUUCCAUUGCACUACUUCGAGGGAUUUUUUACUUACCUCUACAUAGCUUCCUUACUGUUCCUACUCUAUGUGUUCUGCUACCUUCUUCAUGAAGCAUCUUGCUGUGGGAGUGGACCACCGCGCCCAGGAACCACCAUUCGAAAUGCAUAUUUCCAUUUAUUCAGUUUUGGGAGUUACUCAGUGAACUUGCCGCUUUUGGACUCCUCCUUGGACAUAAGACGAGUCUCUCUGGAUUCUUGGAAUCUCCCUCGAGAUGCUCUUCCCGAUGGAAGUCCUAUCCGUGAGAAAUUGGCCACUUUGCGCAGACCUAAGAAGUAUAAGACCUCGGAGAACGACUUCAGUCACGGAAGCUUCUUCCUCAGAGUCGGAGGGAUUGCUUUCGGAUUGGGUUGUAUGAUUUACAACGGAAUGGAAUUGGGCAACUUCUUCGAAAUCCCAUGGAACUCGCCGUGUUAUCAAGUCCUACGCGGGAUUAACCCCAUCUUACAAAUGGUGUUUACAUUCAGCCAAAUGUACUUCGUCUUCAUGAACGCCCGGUUGAACAUACACAAGUUUAAGUUUGUGUCUCGCUUUGGAUUGUCCCAUGUGGUGGCCACGGACAUCUGCAUCUGGAUCCGUACUCUGGUCAAGGAGUGCAACAAGGACAUUGCCAUGUACCGCUCCAGACACGGACACGGUGUCUCUGAGGAUUUCAUGGUCUUAGAGGGCUACAACUCAUUGCGGCGGAAAUUCGGACCUGACUCGUUCUGGGUGAACGGUCCCUAUCACGCCAUCAUGAGUGCCAUCACGCCCCCGGAUUUCUCGGGCGAUUCGCCCUUCUCCUCCCUGUUCGGCAAUGGCGAGAUCUCCGGUCCCCUGGAUCCCACCAACAUGAUCACACGCUCACCCCAAACUGCUCAACUCAUUCAAGCGGUCCAGCCGGCUGUGGAGCAACUACGCAGGGCCACGGCCUCGCCUUUCGACAAUCUCGUGGGAGUCAUGUCCAACGGCCAAGGGGGAGGCGGCGGCGGCGUGGGUCUGGGCGGUGGGAGCAUGGGCGGACCUGGUGGACCUGGAAUGAACCCCCGAGGCAUGGGUAUGCCGUAUUAUGGCACACCUACGGACGAUCCGAACGCCUUCAGUCACGGCGUGAUCCACUUAGCUCACAACUUCACGUGUGGACGCACCGAUUUCAUGGGGGAAAUAAUCACCACCACAUCUCCGUACUUGUUUCCUUUCGUCAUCGAGUACAGCUUUAUUGCCGCUGCAGUAUUAUUCGCCAUGUGGAAGAACAUCGGUCGCAACCCUCGAUUCUGGGGGGAAGAGGACGACCACAUUAGCGUGGCCUCGAAAAAGAUGACCAACUACUCAAAGACGGAUUGCAUCGGCGCUAGCAAGGGGUUGUUCUUCGGACUUCUUACUCUCAUUUGCGGACUCAUUUGCUUGAUUCUCUUCUUUGUACUUAUCGAUCAUAAUAACAGCCAGGUGUCUCAACUAGCCGUGUUCCUGGCGGAUUCGUCUCACUGUGUUAUACUCAUUGUGUCCAUUUUGGCCACAUUACUUGGAUUUCUAAGGGUUCAAAAAUUGAAGUUCCAUGGUGAGGAUCAAUCCAUGUUGAGUAACAUCCUACUAUUCAUGUCUGGAGCCGGGAUCUUUGCUUACUCGAUGUUCAACGUCAUUGCGGGCGGACUCGGGCGACACACCGAUAUGAAAAACAUCCUCGUGUUUGGCACGGGCGCCAUUAGCGUGGCCCAGGUUCUUCUCCAAUUGCUGUUCAUCACGGAUGCCCAGAGGAGACGUAUUUCGACAAGCUCUCAGAAUGCCAAUAAACCUGGUCGGCAAGUGGUAACUUUCUUACUUAUUUGCAACGUCACCAUGUGGGUCAUUUAUACAUUCGAAGUCAAGAAAGUGGACCACAGUCCAGUGCAGUUGGAAUUCUUCGGAUUCUACGCCUGGACGGUGAUUCAAAAGACCUGUUUGCCCUUGUGCAUCUUUUUCCGCUUCUAUUCCACCGUGAUCUUGGCCGAGGUCUGGAAGAACUCAUACAAGGCCAAGUUAUGUGACUAAAUAGAAGGCCCGCUUCUAUGUAUUUGUACAUCUUGAUAAGUCACCGAAUUUGGUUGCAGCAUGUCCCUCCCCCAACCCCCUCCCCCCUCCCUCUUUCCCCUGUUCUCUCUGUCCCUUUCGCCAUCUGUAAUUAAGACGAACAUCAUUUCAACCCACCCACGUGUUUUAUAUUCUCGUUCUCGGCCCUAGCUUUGAUUGAGUGUGACUAAAAUGGAAAUUUCAAAAUUCGUCCUCGACACGCCCACGCCAGUUACAAGAUGAAACUGACGAUGCGAUGCACGACAAUGCAAGUACUCAAUAGUCAACAACAACCUAAUAAUGUCAAUAGAGUCGUUCUAGUAGACCGUACAUACAUUUGUCACUCAAUCGCCCUCAUUUGCAUGAUCUGGUCCAAAGCCGAAGCGAUUUCCGCCAAUGUCCCACUGCUGUUCAAUGUCGCCAUUGCAAAUCUCAACACAGACCAAAGAACACUCACUAGUUUUCCUCUCGCAUUUCUUGGAGCAAUGUCAUCCACUGCCAAACCUUUAGCCCGCAUACACAUCAGUCUCCUCUCUUCUUAUACAAUUAUUGUGAAUAUUUACUUACCUCCUCUAAAUAGUUUUAACCUUCCCCAUCACUGUCUUCUUGACUUUUCUGUUCCCAUCUGACGAAUGUCGUGCGAAUGUGAAUGUAUAAAGUAAGUUAAUGAGUAUUAGUACGAUUAGCUUCAUCACGUAGUUGGUAAUUGGUAGGAGAACAAAUUGUUACGCGUGUUUUGUCAAUGAGCUAAAAUGGCCCUCAAGUGGAUCACGAUUGAAAGAAAAACAAAGGAAAGGGACGCGCAACACACAAAUGGAAAAGAGAAAACCCCAACAUCUCAUGAACCCUCUCCUUCAAUGGUAAAGUCAUUAUUCCCUUGUUGUAUAGAAGAUAUCUCCCAUUCCGAAGUAGGUGGUUGAGUUGCCGCUAAACAUAACACUAUUAUUACAACUAAUGCUAUGAACUUGAUUGAUAGUGAUGGAAAAUCAAAAAUCUUCUCCUUUCUUUGAUAAUAAAACUCAUGAAUAUA